AUGAAUGUCUUCGGAGAAUGGGGAGCCACCUUCGCGCUGAGAUGGGCAGAGAUUGUGGAGGCUGCGCAACGUAAACAUGCUCUCACCCCACUUUUAGAUGCUGAAACAUUGGAGAAACUCAAUAUGACUAUCAAGGAUGUCCACAGGGUGGACUUUGACUGGGUUGUUCAGAUAUCCAACAUGCCCAAUGGAUUCUUUCUCAUUCGGUGUGCAUCCCAUGAUGUGAUGCAGAAGAUCCUUUGCGGAGGGCCAUGGACCGUCGAUGGGCUUACACUUCAAUUCUUUCCAUGGCAACCAUGCUUCGAACCAUCAUUCAUAAAGCUAUCCCGAGCUGCGGUAAGGGUUCAACUACACAACCUACCGGUGGACUUCUGGGAAGGAGAAACCUUAGAAACAAUUACUGAAAGUUUUGGCAAACUUCUCAAAGUAGAUGAACAUACAAAGUCUCUGGAACACACUCACUUUGCUAGACUAUGUCUUGAAAUUGAUCUAUCGAAGCCAUUGAAGUGGAGCUUUUGGUUGGAGGACAAUGACAAGAAGGUCUUUGUGGUAGUUCUCUAUGAGAUGCUGACAAUGUUUUGUUACAAUUGCGGCCUCAUGGGAUAUGGUGUUAAUUCCUACAGUCUCCUGGGAAAGGCCACCCAUGGCUAUGCAUCUUCUGGUGCUCGUCCUGGUAACCCUAGGAUUGGGUUAUCAUUGGAGGGUGUAUUAUCAGGAGACCGAGAGUAG